GCAGUUGGUACAGUCUGCCGAGCCCCAGCCAGCCCGGCCCGGGAGGCAGCCCCAGUUGCACUGUCGGCCCGGCCAGCCCCGCUGGAGCGCUGCCUGCCCUGCCUGGAGGGAUGAGCAGCGUGCACCGGGCUGCAGCGCCCCCUGCACCCGCCCAGCCCUGAGCGCGCCCUGGGCUGCCUGCAGCAGACAGCGCCCGCCUGCCCGUCCGCUGCUGGCCAUGUCCGGACCCGGAGCUCACAGCCAGAGCAGGAGGCUGCCCUCUGACAUGGAGCAUGGGCAGCGGGGACUGGAGCCAGAGCAGAUGCAGCAGCAGCUUAAAUUACGUGACAGGCAGAAGUUCUUUGAGGAGGUUUUCCAGCAUGAUGUGGAUUUCUUCUUCCCCAUGUCCCACCUUCAGAUAGAGCACAGAAGACCUCCGCUGGGCAGCAUUUCCUCCAUGGAGGUGAAUGUGGACAUGCUAGAGCAGAUGGACAUGCUGGACCUUUCUGACCAGGACACCGUAGACGUGUUUCUCAGCUGUGGGACAGAGGAUAACAAUGUUGCCGGUCUCCUGCCAGAGCCCAGCCACUACCAGGAGGAAAUCACCUUGCAAGUGCCCAGUGCGUCCGAGAUCAAAUCCCGGAUCUCGUCCACAUCCUCUGUCUCCACAGACCUGAACAGCCUGGACACCAGCGAGGAGGGGGUCGAGACGCCCGUGGUGCAGUCCGAUGAGGAGGAGCCCCAGGAGGACAGCCCUGAAGCGCAGGUGGCCAGAAGCUAGCAGCAGGUUCCCUGCUCUCUCCUCAUCCACCCUCCGCAUGGACCUGCCAGCAUGAGAGGAAGGAAGGCUGCUGGUUGUUUGACUCCUGCUCAGUACACCCCGAGCCAUGCCAAGGAGCGGAGAGACGGCUUCCCCCAGCACGUUCUUCAGUCAGCCACAGGAGAAGUAGAGUGGGGCAGAAACAGAGGGGUAGUGUAGUGCUUCAGACAUUAACUCUUCAGGCUUUGCUACUAACUCUCCUGCUUCACUCACCCGAACUGCUACCCGAGCCAUGGCCUCAGCUGUGCCCAUUCCGCAGGAUUUCAGCCCCCCAGUCCCAGUGGAACCCCCAAAGGCAAACGUGUAACAAGAGCCUACAGAGAAAUUACACUCCUGUCAAAUAAGCCGUCAGGGUGGUGUGUGUUAUUGGAGAACCACGAAAGCCCAGUGCUUGGUGGGGAUGAGAGGCUGGCUAGGAAAGGGCUGCAGAAGGAGGAAGAGGAGAGCCUUAGGGAGGGGAGACAGGCUUAAGGCAGGGGAUGAAGCAAUUACAGCCACACUACCAAGGACAAGACCUCAGUGGUAGAUGAGCCAAAGUUUCUCAGUCGCCGGAGAACAAGGGUCUUAACGUCAUUCCCAGACCAGGCGCCAGCCCAAUCCAGUGGCCAUUCCUCUGCCCAACAUAAAUACAAGUGGCAUAGUCCUCAUUACCCACCCCUGAAGAGAACUAUGGGGGUUAAUGGGGCAAAUCACCAACCCAUCCCAAUAAUAAUACUGAGCACUUCUAUGGUGCUUUGCUUUUUCAAAGGGCUUUGAUUGCAUUUGUGCUUACAGAGGAGACAGCCUGAGACGGCAGUGAGAAUGUACUGAUUCCCACACUAAACCCGCAGGGCUGGUGGGCGUGGGAGCACUGUGAUCUGUAACAUGACCCUGUGAGUGUGUUAAUGCAAUUCCCCAUGAAUUGUACGAUCCUUCUAGCACCGCAGACUAGCCCCCUAAGCAUAGCAGAAUACCCAGCAUGGCUGUUGGAGCUCUGGCUAGCUGCAUUACAAGGACAGGUUGUCACUUUGACUCUUCCUUGCUGGCUAUUUGUCUUGCCCUCUUCCUACUCCCAGGAAUGAGCAUAGCCGUAGCCACACACAGAUCCAGCACAGAUCACCAUUUUAGGGAGGCGUGCAACUGCCACCAACUGCUCAAUACGGGAAAGCUUGGCCACCAGGAGACUAUGUAACAGGGAAAACAAAGUCACUGACAUGAUGAAAGUGGAGAAGUCUCAAGGAGAGGAGUCUGGUACAUAAAUAACAGAGGCCGGGUAUUGCUCUAGAGCCUGGCCAUUUCCCAGGGGCACUCAGAGGGGCAUAAUAGCUAGACACAUACUAGUAGACGCUGUUGGACCCUGGCUGCAGCAUUUACAUCCCAAGUACCAUCAAAUGACAAGCCAGGUGCAGAUGAGUUCUGUCCACAAUACUGCCUCAUACAGCAUUCUCCAGAGAAAGAGGUUAAAGGGAAAAGAAAGGUCUGAAAAGAGGAAGUGACUCAGCAGAUUGGCAACUCCCGAGAGAUGGGGGCAACACAAAUAUAGUCCUAGCAAUCAGCUAAACCCAUGGAAAAAUCCAAGAAGUGAAUGACCACUGCUGAGCAAGGACUGCCCCCAGGACCGCGAUUUCAGAGCCGGUUUGCAGCAGUCUGUGGACAGAGUGGAGCAGGGAGUCCCCUAAGCCCAGAGAAUUUGUGUCCAGUGCCUCUGGCUAUCCUGGGUCAUGCAUAGCUGAAGCAUUCCAGCACUGCAAGUCUCCACUCCUGUGCUGAGAAGCUUGGCAUGUUCAUUACAGGAGUGCUCUUCCAGGCCUCAGCUGUUUGGGGAUAGGGCUGGGCAUACAUUGUGAGUUUUGGGGUAUUGCUUGGGGCUGCAUUGAGUUCUUGUUUGUGGCUUUGCAAGUCAGAAUGGUGGCAGGUGUUCUCCAGCUGUUGGGUUUGGUUCAAAACAUUCUCGAGCAAGACCUUCUAUUGUGCAGCAUCUGCAGCUCCCAUCCAAUCUCCUAGGCCUGGAGUCCCUCACGUUCUCUUACAAAGUCCUGGCACGACGCUCAUGUGUCUAGAUUCCAUAUGGGCUUCUGAGCAAGCAGUUGUUCCUGCAAGGUGUGGAGCAUUCUGGCCCUGAUGUAGAGAAGCAUAAACAUUUAAGCAGGUGGCUAGUCAACUGAAGUUAAUGGGCUUAUUCACAAGCAUGUGUUUAACCUUAAACAUAAGUGUUUCACUAGAUCAGAGCCAGCAUGCUCUGCAUGUUGCAGUAUCAAGCGGAACUUCUCCUGCACUCCCAUCAGUACUUAGGGAGCACUUCCAACAUAGGAGACUUGUCUCUGAAUAUUUUGUGUGGAUCAUAGUAUUCAUUAUUUAGGCUACGUUUUAGUCAUGGGUAUUUUUAGUAAAAGUCAUGGACAGCUCCCGGGCAGUAAACAAAAAUUCACGGCCUAUGACCUGUCCAUGACUUUUACUAUAUUCCCCUAACUAAAACUUGGGUGGGGGGCCGCUGGUGCUUGGGGUGGGGGUGGUCCAGGGGCACCGUGGGUGUUGGGGGUGGGCAGCGAUGCACAGCCUGGGACCCCCCUGCCGGUGCUGGGGGUGUGGGGGUUGGGCUGGCAGGAUCUACCCAGCUCCGCAAGUCCCUGCAGCUCCUAGGCGGCAGAGGGGCCAGGGAGCUCCGCACGCUGCUCCCGGCACAAGCGCUGGCUGCGCUGCUCCCAUUGGCCAGGAACCGUAGCCAAUGGGAGCUGCGGGGGCAGGACCUGCGGGUGAGGGCAGCACGCAGAGCCCCCUGGCUCUUCCAUCGCCUAGGAGCUGCAGGACCAUGCCAGUGGGAGCCGGGGAGCCCUCACACCCCAAGGUAAGACCCCCCCCACUCCUCCCUACACCUGUCUCUAGCCCUGAGCCCCCUCCCACACACCCAAACUGCUGCUGCUGGCCCAGGGUCUGCCCGGCUCAGGAAGCCCCUGAGCCAGCACCAGCUGCUGCAGAAGUCACAGAGGUCACAGAAAGUCAUGGAAUCCAUGACUGCUGUGACAGACUUGCAGCCUUAUUCAUUAUCUUUGUACAUCUGGGAACUCUGGAAUUCAGCAUACGCCCCAGACAUUGGAAAUGGCAGAAAUGAUACAAGUUUGGACUGUGGUAUUUUAGGAAUGAUUUUUUGCAUACACAUCUACUGGGAAAAACAGCAACACUUUGUCUUUGUUGCUUGUCUGGCUGAGAGACUGAGCUACAAACUGAUGUGCGUAGUUUUUAUAUAUAGUUAAGGAUAACCAGGGCAGGAUUAGGGUCUCUUGCACGGCUAGCUCUUUGCACUGUGUCUACCCUAUAAUGUAAGAUCCUGCUCUUUGGCAUAUGUUAAAGCUUUGUUGAAAGGCUGCACUGUGCUCCAGUAGGCAGGUCAGACUAUUCUUACUGAGAUGCUAAACCUGCCCUGUGUGGUAUAAUCCAUUAACUCUGAGGAGAUUGCAGUGUAGUCCUGGGGUUAACGGGUCAAUAAAAUUUCAGGUUC